UGUCUAGUAGCAUUCUUCACUGUCUUCACGUCUGUGACUGUCGCUCACACCCACCACCACCACCACCGUAUCUUCAUUCAUUUCACAUUUCAUUACCCCAAAUAAUUUCCAAAUAAAAAAAAAACAAAAACUCUCUCUCUCUCUCUCCUCCUCUGUUUCUCUCUCUUCCAUGGUGGAACGCGGAGGAAGCUACAGAGUCGUCGUCGUCGCCGGAAGAAGAACGAAGAUCGAAGAAGAGGUGAAACUGAAGGAGUCAAGAGGAUUGCAGAAGAAAGUAGGGUUUGUGAAUCGCUGAUUUCGAAGAAGAAGAAUGCCGCUCUCGAAGUACCUGAUACGGAACGAGUAUGGCUUGGCGGAUCCCGAGCUCUACCGUGCCGCCGACAAAGAUGAUCCUGAAGCUCUUCUUGAAGGCGUCGCCAUGGCUGGUCUCGUUGGACUCCUGCGCCAGCUCGGUGACCUUGCCGAGUUUGCUGCUGAGAUCUUCCAUGAUUUACAUGAAGAAGUGAUGGCUACUGCUGCAAGAGGCCAUGGUCUUAUGUCUCGUGUUAAACAGCUUGAGGCUGAAGUUCCUUCACUUGAGAAAGCUUUUUUCUCUCAAACUCAUCAUUCAUCAUUCUUCACUAAUGGAGGGAUUGAUUGGCAUCCUAAUCUUCGGUCUGAACAAAACCUUGUUACUCGUGGAAACUUUCCUCGACUGAUAAUGGAUUCAUAUGAAGAAUGUCGUGGUCCCCCGAGACUAUUCCUUCUGGAUAAGUUUGAUGUGGCUGGCGCUGGGGCUUGUCUGAAACGUUAUACCGAUCCAUCAUUCUUUAAAGUGGAACCAGCUUCAUCUGUUAGGGCUACAGUAGAUGUCCACAGGGAAAAGAGAAUUCGUAAAUUCAAGCAGAAGAAAGGAGCACGGUUGAGGGAUGGUGAAGCCCCUAAUGUUGUACCAACACAUUCAAAAUUACACCAGCUGCUUCUUGAGGAGCGUAUUGAGAAUGGUUAUAGCAAUCCUGCACGUCUAGUGAAGUUGAAGAAAAGACAAUUUAAUGGACCUACAGUUGACGCAAAAGCUGGGAAAAGUUACAUGGAGAAAUUUCUGGAAACUCCCUCACCUGAUCAUAAGAUGAUCUGUGAAACUUCUAUCUUUCCGCUGCCUGUGGAACCGACUUCGGAUGAUACUACUGAAGCGAGGAUUAAAAUUCUUGAAAUCAGUAGCUUUAAUCCUGUAAAGAAGUCAUUGAGAAAUGAAAAUAACCGUUCAUCACCUAAUGAACAGGAAAAACUUGAAUUAGAACUAAAACCAUUUUCAAAAGUGGGUGGUGAGACAAAUAGAGAUAUUGUAAAGGUGAAAGAACCAGCUGGUGUGGCAGCAGAUGAAAUGUCUUAUAUUCAUCUCAAGUUGCCUGAUGAGGUAAAAAUGGCAAUCAGUGAACGUAAGAAGAUAGAAGGCAGCUUAGAUGGGUACCAUUCUGAUGACGUGACUAGUGAAGUUGACAAUUACUUGGAUGCAUUAACUACCAUGGAGUCAGAAUUGGACACCGACAAUGAGUAUAAACCCAAGAAAAAAUUCUUGAAUAUUCAAAAGAUAGUAGAUAUCAAUGAUAAAGAACAACAACUGCAAGCUCGACUUUCAGAUUCUCAAUCAUUUGGAGACUCCUCAACAUCAGAUGACAUUAGUUCAUUCAAACAAGAUAGAAAUGAAGAACAUAUAGAAGUGCAAGCUCAGUCAUCAGAUUCUCACUCAACUGGAUCCUCCUCUAUAUCAGACAAUAAUGGCUCAUUCAGAAGAGAGCGAGAAGAGCAUAUAGAACUGCAAGCUCACUUUUCAGAUUCUCGAUCUAUUAGAAACUCCUCUUCAUCAGAAGAAAAUAUUUCAUUCAAAAAAGACAGGUCAUAUUUCCCUCACUUUGAUUCAUCAAGCACUGUGGUCGAAAAUGUACAAUCAGAACCUAUGUUCACAAAAACAAAUAAUUGUGAACCGGAGAUUGAUGAUACAAAAUCCAUCCAAUUUCCCCAAAUUGCUGAGUUUCAAAACACAGAUUGUGGGAUAUUUGUCAUGCAUGAUAAUACACAUACUCAAGAAGGAGAGAUAUCUGAUUCUGUGCGGGCCUCAUCUGAUCUGAUAACUUCAGGACUAGUGUUGUCUUCUGAUCUUGGACCUGCCUCACCUGUGGUCCUACCUGCAGGGACCCAAUCAGAUGAAACUUCACCUGACCCUAUUGAACUUAAUUCAAGAUUAGAGAAUGAUGCGGACAAAAAUGCACAUGUUGAAUCUAUUGCUUCUGAACCUGUUUCUCUCUCCCCAAUAGAAGAUGAUGAUUUCGCUGUGGAUUCUCCUGAUAAAAUUUCAUCAGGCAAAUUGGAUGGUUAUGAUGAUCCUGUUAUUCAUUCUGAUGAUUCAUUACAAGUUUCCAAUGAUUUAGCAUUAGCUCAUGGAGAUGAACAUUGUGAUGAUUCUGUAAUCAAAAUUCUCCAAGCACAAUCUCCUGAAGAAAAUUCUUCUAAAAUUUCGGUUUGUAGAGAUAUUAGUUCACAAGGAGAUGAUCCUAUUUGCCCGUCCAUGGAAGAAUUAGACAUGGAUUCAAGUAUCACUGUGGCGCUUGAUUGUCAAGGCUCAAAAGAUGAGGGUUCUAUUAUGGCACACCAAGCUGAUUUGGAAGAUUUAUCUCCUGCUGUCGAGGUUCCUCAAGUGAGUUGCUUUACUAGAGAGCCAUUUUCUGAUUUGACUUGCAAUAAUCCACAGGAUGUACCAGGCUCAGCAGAACUGGAAGUUUCAAAUUCUGGUCUGCAAUCAAAUUUUGAAGAGAUGCCAAAAAUGGGGCGUAGUGAUGAAAUAAAUGGAUCCACCCGCGAUGUUGAUCCAGUUGAUGGUGAUGGUUGUUUUAAGUGUCCAUCUGUUGACAAUCAUGUGAUCGUAAAUGGUGUGGUUACCGAAAUUGUUCAGUCAGAAGAUCAGGCUGUAUAUUCAGUUCCUUCUGUUGAUACUGAUGAAAAUGACUCGGGCGUUGGUGCUUGUCCUGCUUCAGGUCUGAUUUCUGCUCCAUCAACGAGUUUUUCAAAUUCGCAAGAGCCAGUGUUAGGUUCGUCAAAUUCUUAUCAGAUGGAAAUUGAAUCCCAAACAGUAGAAGAGUCUAUUUCUGAUUUUGCUGAUCCACAUAAGAAAGAGAUUGAUGUCAAUGAUGCAGUUGCUAGGGAAUCUUUGACAGAACUAGAUGGAACGAAGACAGUGGGUCAUCUAGAAAUUGCUUCUCCUGAUGCACCAUUGAACUCAAACAAUCUGGUUCCCGGUGAUCUUUCAGAUUCAGGAAUAUGUGAUGAUAUUCAAAAGUCAUCUCCAAGGGAGAAACUCCAACACAGUGAUUUUGUUGAUGAUGCAAAAAUGGCGCCUGAAUAUUCAGGGUUAGACACUCAUCUGUCAGGACCUAUAUUUUGUGGCCAGAAUGGUCUUUUACAGAAUGGCAGAGAUAGCGUCUCAUCACCUUCUCAUAACCAGCUGGAUUCUCUGACUGACUUAGAACCGUUCUCACAAUCUCAAGUUGGUGAACAGAAUGCAAAAUUUCUGAUCAGAAAUGACGAAAACUUCACCUCUGAGAAAUCUCAAUAUCAGAAGAUGCAGAUAUAUCAAUUGGAGCAAGAAGACACUCGUGCUACUUCUGAAUCUGUUUCUGAAAUCCAUGAAGAUGAGCCAUCAUCAUUUUAUUCCAUACCAGAUAAGGCAACUGAAAACAAUCUGGAUCAGAUGCCCCCUAUGCCCCCGUUACCACCAAUGCAAUGGAGAAUGGGGAAGUUUCAACAUGACUCCCUGGAUUUACAGAGAGAAUUAGAACCAAGUCAGGCUUCAGUCCAACCAAUGCAGCCAAUUAAACCUGAUAUGAAUACUCAAUUUAGUUUGCCGUCUCCUGAGAGUACCUUGCUGUAUCAGACUCCAUUUUUUCCUGUGAUGGCUGUAGAAAAUGAUAAGCUCCAACAUCCUUCUGUGGAUGUUUCAGGGAAUCCUGUUGCUGUACCUUUACAACUUCCUCUCAUGGUUAAUGAUGCAAAAGGUCAAUAUAAUUACGUAGUGCUGGACAGAAACCAAAUUCAGAACCCCUUCUUGACAUUACCUGUGGUAUCUACCGGCAUGCCUUCACAUGGCUACACUGUUGCUUCUGAGGGAGAAAUGAUCCACACAUCAAACCUGUACUCCCCAAUACUGCCUGCUGCAUAUGCUGUAUCCGGUCAUGAUUCCACCGCUCCACAUGAGAAACCAAUUCAACCUCCAAGUCAAUUAAUGAGAGAGACUAGUUCAGAUGAUAAAACACUUCAGCAGUCUAUAGGUAAUGUGGUAUCUAGGGGUUCGCCUCAAGAGAGUCAAAUUAUUGCUUCUUAUGGAGAAACGGUAGAUAAUUCAAACCCAUGCCCUCCAAUACCCCUUGCUGAAUGUUCUGUUUCUGGAUAUGAGUCCAUCUCUCCUCAAGAAAAACUGAUUCAAUCUCCAAGUGAGUUAAUGAUGGACUCCAGUUCAGAUGAUAAAACAGUUUCACAGUCUAUAAGUGAUGUGAUAUCUGUGGACAGGCCUCAACACGUUGCUUCUGAGGGAAUAAUGCUACAAAAUUCUAAGGCAUGCCCUCCUACACACUCUGCUGGAUGUGCUGUUUCUGGACAUGAUUCCAUCUCUCCUCAAGAUGAACUGACUCAGCUUUCUAAUCAAUUAGUGACGGAGACUAGUUCAGAAGUUAAAACACUUCAUCAGCCUAUGAGUAGCGUGGAAGGGGAAGAAGGACGUCCGUGUAUGUCACUCAUGUCAGCACCAAACAUGGGAAGUAUGGAGCUUAAUCAGAGUUUCCUGCCCUUUGAGGGGGAAAUGGUAUCGUCCUUAGACACAUCAGAUUUUGAUAGUGAAAGGACAAAUGGAAAACCGAAGAAUAAGCUUCCCCGUCCUCGGAGUCCUCUAAUUGAUGCUGUUGCUGCUCAUGACAAAAGCAAGCUUAGGAGAGCUACUGAACGGGUUAUGCCUCAAAUAGCUCCAAAGCUAGAUGAAAGAGAUUCAUUGUUAGAGCAGAUAAGAACAAAGUCCUUCAACUUGAAGCCUGCUGUGGCGACACGACCUAGCAUUCAUGGUCCGAAAACAAAUUUGAGGGUAGCUGCCAUCUUGGAGAAAGCAAAUGCAAUUCGCCAGGCUUUAGCUGGAAGUGAUGAAGAUGAUGAUGAUAGUUGGAGUGAUUCUUGAAUUUACAAUGAGAAGUGAUCUCAGCUGGUGGACGUUUGUAUAUUCUGGUUCUGUCUUGAACCGGGUCUAAAAAGCCAUUCUCCCCAGUAAUGAUUAGGAAUUCUCAAUGCAAGGUUCUUUAUCCUAGUGUUCAUACAUGGUUCUCUGAAUAGCUCCUCUUUGUCCUUUUUCUUCACACAUAUACAAAUGAACAUUGGUACUACUGUACGAGCAUGCGGUUUCGGAGGUGAAACUCACAUCAUUUGAGACAGCUCAGGCUCAGCGUGCAAGCGCUGUACCCGUCGAUCAACCUAUCGAGAAUUAGCCCCAUACCUCCUGUUCAUAUAAGUGCAUAUAUAUUGUGUUAUCAUAUUUUUUAUUUAUUUUUAGUCAUGAGUUUCCAAUUUUGUAAUUCUGUAAUUUAGCGUUUGGGGAUAAUUGUCCCAUUUAUCAUGUAGUCCAUCAGUGUUAAUACAUAUAAAUACAAACGUGAGUAAAAUCAUUUCAGUGUACAGUUUCUAUCA